AUGACUCCUCCACUGUCACCGAAAAGCCAGGAUCGCAUGGCCGCAUUGGCCGCAGCGACCUUGUUUUGCGAGCUGCUCACCCAGCGACUGCUCACGCGCUCGACAGAACUGCCCUCCGAGGCUCUGGCCUGGGUCCUGCUACCGCUCCUGGUGCGAGCGGGCGGGCGCCAACGACGCGGCGGCGAAGGCGAGGAGAUUGCGCCGCCGUCCUCCUCCACGGCCAAGGAAUCCGGCGCUGUGCUGUUUGCGGCGGGCAUCGCCGCGGCGUCGUUUUGCAGGGCGGAAAACGGCACCGCGCGCUUCCAUCCUGCUUUAGUACCGAUUCUGCUAGCGGCGCAGCGGUAUAUGCAAGGUGACGCCGCAGAUGCGACGUGGGAUCAUUCGGGAUCUGCAUCGCUCAUUUUCACGUCGCUUGGCGCCGCUUGCGUCAUUGCUGCCGUUGCAGUUCUGGAUCUUUUUAUAUGGGAUCUGAGGAAGUGUAUAUAUGCCAGCGUGGCACUGAUGGCAGUUGCUGUCGCCUACAUGACGCUUUUGCCUCGGAGGCGGCGAAAAGCAGUCAUUGUUCCGCCCGUCAGCAUUGAGCAAGACAUUGAGCAGCUGUCGAAAUGGGUUGUUUUUGGUGUCGCCUUCGCGUUCAUAAUCCAAACCCUAGUAUUUGGUCUCACCACCGGUUCUUUAUCAAGGACCGUUGCCGCCGCCGUAUUCAAGUGCUUGACUUGGUUCUUUGCCAUACAUCUAGUAAGCCUGAGCCCACUUAUUGCAGACAUGAACUGUGAUUUGACUGACGGGGCCAACCAGACUCGAGAUGUGUCAUGGGCAGUUCUUCCGUCCAUGGGAGUAUUCACCCUCAUGGCCGGAGAAAGCCCCUUUUUUCAAUCAUCCGCCUUUCGGCCCCUGCUGCACAUUGCAGUGUCCGGGUUCUCUCUGGGCCAGGUAAUAUAUACACUUCCCAGCCGCUCCAAAUCACGAUCAACGCUUUGGGUAUUCAUGCUCGUGACGCUGAUUCCCUACGGGGCAAAUAUGGUUGCUAUUCGACGCGCCGAGAGCGCCGUGCAGCAUACGUUUGGCGCAAAUCGCGAGCAUCCCGUCGAUAUCUUGAUGCGCGGAGCCAACGCGCAGUUUAGCGGUCUGCUGCAUCGGCAGUCGAAAUCCUUCGAGGAAGCGCAGGCCGAGUACCGUCGGCGCUAUGCAAUUGACCCCCCGCCUGGGUUUGAAGGCUGGUAUAGAUUUGCAGUGGCGCACAAGUCGCCCAUAAUCGACGAGUUUGACAUGAUCCAUAAGCAAGUCGCGCCAUUUUUAAAGCUGAGCGGCGUAGAGCUUCAGCGAAUUAUGGAUGCGGCAUUUUAUGCAGAUGGGAGUGAGCUUUGGUCCUGCGAGUAUAACCGUAAAGAGGCGAGAGCUCGAUGCAACCACCCGCAUCGCUCGUACGAUCGUCACAUUUCCUCCUUAUUUGAGACUGUAGGCAAAUUCGCUGGCGCAGAGCUGCCUGACGUCAGAUUCCUGGUCAAUCACCUCGACGAACCAACCGUCGUCCUGCCAAGCGACAAGACGAUAGAAGUACGAGUCACUAAUCUAUCUCGCCAGCCGACAUGGACGAAUAUCACACGAGAAUGCGUAGCUCAUAGAGCCGAUAAUUCUCACGCAAAGGACGAGAGGGAAUCAUAUGCGUUGCCAUUCAUCAAGGAUGCGGCUUCGGCAAUGGAUAUUUGUCGACAUCCAGAGUAUGAGCACUUGCAUGGCCUCUUCAUCAGCCCAGUCUCUUUCCGGCUUACCGAGGGCAUGGUGCCCGUCCUCUCCACUGGAGCACCUUCCACAAUGGGCGACAUUCUGAUGCCUAGCCCAGCUUACAUGGAAACUGAGUUCGUAUACGACUCCGACCAGGAGCCAUCCUUUGACAAAAAGACCAACAACUUGUACUGGGCGGGCUCGACCACGGGCGCGUUCGCCCACGAUGAUGGCUGGCGAGCCUACCACCGGCAGCGCUUCGUCCGGUUUGCGCAAAAUCUCGGUCGGGAGCAGUAUUACUACCUGCGAGAAGAGAACGACAGCGUCGAGCGCGUAGCGUCAUCCUUUCUCAACGGCCGUCUAUACAACGUAGCCUUUACGCGCAUCUUUCAGUGCGCGGCGUGGGCGUGCCGGGCGCAGCGCGCCUUCUUCCCAGGGGGCGCAUGGGCGGACAAGGAUGCGGCGCUGCGGUCGCGGCUCGCGUUCGACCUCGACGGCAACGGCAUCAGCGGACGCUACUAUAAGCUUCUGGCGUCGGGGUCGUUGCCGCUGAAGCAGACGCUGCUGCGCGAGUGGCACGACGAGCGCCUCGUGCCGUGGGUGCACUACGCGCCCGUGAGCCAGAGCCUCGAGGAGCUGCCCGAGCUCGUCGCGUACCUGACGUCGACGGCGUCGGGGCGGGAGCGGGCGAAAGAGAUGGCGGUCAAGGGGCGUGAGUGGUACAGUAAGGCUAUGCGCAGGGAGGACAUGGCGAUUUACGUGUACAGGCUGAUGCUGGAGCUGGCGCGGCUGCAGGACCCGAACCGGCAGCCUCGAGCCUAA